GCGAGAGUCGGGGCUGCCACUUGCGCCGAUCGCCCGGGGGAUACGGCGGGGAGUGUAAAUAAAACCCUGCCUCUCGCCCUGCUUGCUGCCGCUGCCUCGAAGUGCUUUUGCUCCGUGUUUUCCUGGCAGAAGCGUGUAACCCAGGCUGAUUGGAGUCCAGAUCCCGAGGAAAUCUCCAGAUCAAAUGCCCAGUAAAUAAAACACUGAGCUAAGACUUGUGGAAGAGCUGCAGAAUGGAUGGAUUUUAUGACCAGCAAGUGCCUUACAUGGUCACCAAUAAUCCGCGUGGGCGAAACUGUAAUGAGAGACCGACAAAUGUCAGGAAAAGAAAAUUCAUUAACAGAGACCUGGCUCAUGAUUCAGAAGAACUCUUUCAAGAUCUGAGCCAAUUACAGGAGACAUGGCUUGCAGAAGCUCAGGUACCUGACAAUGACGAGCAGUUUGUGCCAGACUAUCAGGCUGAAAGUUUGGCUUUUCAUGGUCUCCCUGUGAAAAUCAAGAAGGAACCCCAUAGCCCAUGUUCGGAACUUGGCUCCACUUGCAGUCAAGAGCAACCAUUCAAGUUCAGUUAUGGGGAAAAGUGCCUGUACAAUGUCAGUGCCUAUGAUCAGAAGCCACAAGUGGGAAUGAGGCCCUCCAACCCACCGACGCCAUCCAGCACUCCUGUGUCACCGCUGCACCAUGCCUCCCCAAACUCCGCUCAGACUCCUAAACCUGACCGAGUUUUCCCUACACAUCUCCCUCCAUCCCAGUCCAUUCAAGACAACAGCUUCCCUAUGGACCACAGAUUUCGCCGCCAGCUCUCUGAACCUUGCAACUCUUUCCCACCUUUGCCUGCAAUGCCAAGGGAAGGACGUCCAAUAUAUCAGCGCCAGAUGUCUGAGCCAAACAUCCCUUUCCCGCCUCAAGGUUUUAAGCAGGAGUACCAUGAUCCAGUUUAUGAACACAACGCUAUGGUUGGCAGUGCAGCCAGUCAAAAUUUUCCCCCUCCUCUGAUGAUUAAACAGGAACCUAGAGAUUUUGCAUAUGAUUCAGAAGUGCCUAGCUGCCAUUCCAUUUACAUGAGGCAAGAAGGCUUCCUGGCUCACCCAAACAGAACAGAAGGCUGUAUGUAUGAAAAGGGACCUAGGCAGUUUUAUGAUGACACUUGCGUUGUUCCAGAGAAGUUUGACGGUGAUGUUAAACAGGAGCCAGGCAUGUACCGUGAGGGACCCACAUAUCAACGGCGAGGCUCACUUCAGCUGUGGCAGUUCUUGGUAGCUCUUCUUGAUGACCCAUCAAACUCUCACUUCAUAGCGUGGACUGGCCGAGGCAUGGAAUUCAAACUGAUUGAGCCGGAGGAGGUGGCGCGUCGCUGGGGGAUUCAGAAAAAUAGGCCAGCUAUGAACUAUGAUAAACUUAGCCGAUCACUUCGCUAUUAUUAUGAAAAGGGAAUCAUGCAAAAGGUGGCUGGAGAAAGAUACGUCUACAAGUUUGUUUGCGACCCUGAAGCGCUUUUCUCCAUGGCUUUUCCAGACAACCAGCGCCCCUUGCUGAAGACUGACAUGGAGCGCCACAUCAAUGAGGAGGACACUGUGCCUCUGUCCCACUUCGAUGAGAGCAUGGUCUACAUGCAGGACGGUGGCUGCUGCAACACCCACCCCUAUAACGAAGGCUAUGUCUAUUAACAACACUGACAGUGAAGGGGAUGUUUCCCCCCUCCCUUAGGCUUCUCCUCUUUCACAAGACCCAGAGGAAAGCUGAAUCGACUUCAGUUUGUUUUUUAAAUAGUACACUAAAAGGGGCUUUCCUGUUGCAUUACUCCUAUGGUCUGCCAUGGACAGCGCACUUUAUUUGAAAGGGGAGGGUUGGAACCUAAACGUUAUUCUGUGUAACAGGAAGAAAAGGGUGGGUUUGCUUUUUACUUAAGUUUGGGAAGGGAACAUACAGGUUUUAAGUACAAAAAAAGCUAUAUCAUGUCUGUUUUGUUUCAUAUCAGCAUAAGAUAUUGUACAUUUUCUCUGGGUAUCCGUAGUACAGUUAAUUCUCAUUGUGCAGAAUAACCACUUGAUGAUGGUAUCAGCACAGCAUGCCUAGGGCAUUUGUUUCUUGGCAUUCUUAAUUGUCUUUCUGCAGUUAUAAAAAGAGAAGCAAAGCAUAUACCACAGCAUUUAAUUUAGAAGCUUGCAGUGGCAGACCUUGCACCUUGCCUCUGAAAACAACCAGAUAUCUUCAGGUUUUUCUUUUUUUUUUUUUUUUUUAUUUUUAUUUUUAUUUUUAUUUUUGGUAUGGCCUCAAAAAAAAAAAAAAUCUUGUUUAAUGAUAGAGUGGUCAUAAGUACAGUGACCAAGCCGCAAAAUCCCUGACUUCAGGCUGCAAGCCCAUUGCUGUAUCUGGUGCCAUGUUGCUUUACGUAUAUGGCUCAUGCUAUGGCUUGGAUCUUUCAAGAUCCAUUUGAGGGUAGUAAAUACAGGUGGUAGGCUUUCUGAUGAUCAUGUCAGCAUUAAAUGCAGGAUCGUGAUUGGGAGGGAGAAAACAUUUUGUAUCCUUCCAUUUCCUUUGGUACAUAAAUAAGUUAUUUAAUCAAUAGGAAUUAACUGUACUAAGUCACAUAUCUAAUUAUGCUGUUUAGACACAGCAAGCACUCCUUGAGAAAAAUAUCCAAUACACUAAAUAGGUACUUUAGUAAUUUUUAGACACGGUACCCAUUAAUAUGCAUUUAAACCUUUUACUGCUGUGUUAUGUUGAUAACAUAUAUAAAUACUAGAUAAUGCUAAUGCUUCUGCUGCUGUCUUUUUCUGUAAUAUUCUCUUUGAUGCUGAAUUUACUAUGACCAUUUAUAAGCAAUGCUGUAACUACAGGUAGCAUUUCAGGACAAAAUAGAUGACUUGAACCAUUUAUUGCUUAGAAAUUAGCUUACGCCAUAGCUGUGCUAUAAGCAGCUUUUAUGCGCAUCCACAAAUGACUAGUAAGCUUCAGCUUGCUAAGGAAAACUCUGCAGAACCUUUUGUAAUUUUCGGUGGAACGGAGACUUAGACGAACUGUCAAAGAAUACCAUGAAGUCGCUGUAUGACGUUGUAGUGCUGGCACUGAUGUUACCAAUCGACUUGUUUUGGACACUAAAUGUAAAUGUGAUCAGAUAUGCUCAGAAGACAAUUUAAAUUUUGAGGGGGGGGUUUUGUUGUUAUUUUUCAAAUUGUUUUAUUUUUUGAGAGGGAUAAUCUUGAACACAAGCCACACAUGCUAUUCUGUAUGUAAAAUGGAGAAAAAAAAAAAAAAAAAGCCCUGAUGAAACCCCAAAAGUUUUAAAUAUUUAUGAGCACCUUUUCUGAAAUAUAGUAUUUCCUAGCUUGAAGGGAGGGAGAGGGGGUAAGAUCUGGAUUUCUUUUUUUCCCAGUGAAAUUUAAAUAGGUGUUAUAUGGAGUACCUCAUUUUCCGUUAUUACUGAGAAGCAGAAGGAAAAUGAAUGCACAGCCAUAAACCAACAAGAAUAAUUUUUAUCAUAAUGGAUGGAUUUCUAAGAAGACAAUCCUAGGUGUGGGUUAAUUUUCCAUCCUCUGUCAGUUAAGACACUAGUUAAGGUAUAAAUAUUUUAUUAUGUAAUUAAUCAAAAGUAAAGAAGUAGUGGUCACUAGAAACCACAGGUGCAUAAAAAACAUUUGGGCAGGUAUUUAAUUUACUCAAACCCAUAAAACAACAUAUUUUAUGGGAGUGUAUAUAUGCCUUAAUAUGUCACCUAAUCCUGUCAUCCUUAAAUCUCAAUGGCACUUAAAUUUUAGGUGAUCAACCCAGAAUCAGAAGUCUAAAAUUGCAGAAUUAGCAAGAAGGAAAGGGAAAAGGUUGAUUAAGAAUGUUUAAAAAAAAAAAUGUGGUUUCCAUUGAAAUAAGGUUCAAAUGAAACAUGCUUUGAUGAAAAGUCCUUGGAUUGGUUUUGGUUCUUUAAUGUCAGCACGGAGCGCCUCUUGCCUGUGGCAGGAUGUGAGUGUUUGGGAAAGGGGUUGGACAAAAAAGGAAAAAAAAGAAAAAAAAAAAAAAAAGGAAAAAAAAGCAUCAAAUGUGUAAUAUUUAAGAAGAAAUAUAUAUAUAUAUCUGUAUACGGUAGUGACUCACUGAACAAAACAAGCAAUCAGACCAACAUUACAUGAUCUCUCAGCAGAAGAUAUGAAAGUCUUUCACUGAACUGAUUAACCCUUUUUAAAUUGUACCUAAGAGGUUUAUUUAAAGUCUGUUUUUAUUCCACUUUUUGGUUUGUUUGUUUUUUUUUUUUUUUUCCUUUGUUUGGGGUUUCAGGUAGAAUAAUAAAUCUGGCAGCUGAUUUCUGCAAGAUUGUUGUGUAUUGGAUUCAUAAGCAUUUGGACUGGAGAGGCCCCUGCAGUAAGGUUCAUCUUUUGGAAGAGGAGAUGAUGGUCUGUUCCCAGUGCCUAGAAUGGCUUCCUGCAAAAUGUAACCAAAAGAGGGAAGUGAGGAGUAUGUACAAUUCAUGUGUAUGUAUAUAUGAUUUAUAGCCAGGAGUUAGAUUGCCAAAGCAUCGUAUUUGACUGACAAAAGGGAAGAGGAUGGUCUAUGUAAAUUUAGAGAAGGAUUGAUUCCAACUAAGAACAUGUACACAUUUUCACAGAACAUUUUAAUGCCCUACUGAAUUUGAAUGUGGGGUGUUUGGGGUUGAAGUGGGGCUGCUGGUUUUUCAUUUGGUUGGUCGGGAUUUUCUUGGUUUUAUUUUCAAGCUCUGCCACAAGUAGAGGGAAAACAGAAGCUUCCCCUCUAUUUAUAGGAGGAGCUGUAACGGUGUUAGCUUGUGCAUGUUUGCAUGUGCAUCAUUUUGCUGGCCAGAGCAGUGGGGAGCCCAGGUUAGUGCUACUAAAUUGAGGUAAAUCCAGGAGGCAUCACUGCAAGACCCACAUACGGUGAUGCGGCUGUAGGUGCUCAGGUUUCCUCUGCUGUGACAGUGCAGUUGCACCGGGAGCUGAACGGAGGUGAAACUAGAUAAGGACUUGGCAGAUCCCCUCAGAAUCCAUUUGAGAGUUAAGAUUACAGGUUUAAGGCAACGCACAAAUUUUGCUUUAGGGAUAUGACUUUCCAUGACAGAGAGCCUAAGCCCUUUCCAAGGUCACACCAGUCUAACUUUCUGACACCAGCUAUGGUGCAAAGCUUAGCGUUACAUGCUCUGAAAGCAUGAACUUCAAAUACUUGUCAGACCAAAUCUGCCUGCUUUAUUUACAGUUGGCUGCUGUGGUAACUAGGGGAAAUUGAGAUACAGGAACAUUAAGGAUCAUUUUUUCAGUAAUUCCCUGUGAAGAGACCUUUGCUCAGAAUCUUUUUGCCUUUGGGAAUCUCUGGUACCUGCGACUAUUCACCAGGGAUUAGUGCUUUAAACUUGCUGCCCUUGACAUCUUGACUGGUUUGGGCUGCAAGUCCACCUUCACAGGACAAUAUAAUCUAGUAAAUAUUUUUGCCUUGUUUGUGGUUUUUUGUUUGUUUGAUUUUUAAUAGCAGGAAACAGAUCAAUGUUUGCAAAAGGUAUUAUGAGCAAAUCUUUAAAUUGUUAAUGACUACUUUCUCUUCUGAAGAGCAUUAGCUUCGGUUCAUGUACUACAGGUAAUAGCACCCAUGAACAGCCCUAUUCAGUGCUUACAUUAAUAGCACUGAGGAUCUUUCCAAAUAAUCUCCUUCAAAGAUGUUUUGGGAGUCUAAUUAAUAUGGUAUUUUACACCCCAAGAAUCAUCACUCUGAAAUACCCCACUUGGAUCUAUCUGUAAGAGCCUAGGAGAUUAAUUUCUCAGUUCUCUUUGCUGGUUGGUUGGGGGUUUGUUGUUGUGGGUUUUUGGUUUUGGUUUGGUUUUUUUUUUUUUUUUUUUUUGGUUGUUUUUUUUUUUAUCUGAGGCUACUCUGCUUGGAAGGGUGGUAGCAGCUGGGAGCAGGUACCUGUGCCUCAGAAAUUUCAAAGUCCCUUGCAUUUUGCUAAGUUGACAGGCUGAGAACUGGAGCAUCUGCAAUACAUAACUGAGCCCUGCCCUCCUUGUUCUCUUACGGAAGAGGGAACUGUAGUUCAUUGUCUUCUGUUGCUUCUGCUACAAGAAUGGUAAUCUCUGGCAGAGCAGGUGGAUGCAAAGCUAUGGGCAGUAGCAUUUUAAAACUAUAAGACUACACAGAGGAUAUCUAUCAGAUCCCUAAGAAUCAUAAAUGCAUAAGCAAAGCACUGUACCUUACCACUCAACUUUCACGACUGCGUAGGUAGGUAAAGUUAACUUCAUCUUUUACUUCAGGAGGUUGAAAUAUUGGUUUCCCCCCUGAACACCAAUUUAAUUUCUGUAGGAAGGAAAUAUCUGUGCCAUCUUCUUAUGUAAUAGUCUGAAAAUGGCUAUGAAGAGUCUCUUUGACAUUUUCCGAAGGAACUAUUUUUGAGUGAAAAUGACACAACAAACAUCACCAAAAGAAGGGGUAAAUAAGCUCCAAGAACGUAUCCAUACAUUAUGUUCUCCAAAACGAUAGCGUUAUUUGCCCUGGAAAUGUAUCAUGUCUUUAAUACUGCUGCAGUAUUAUCCUUAUUACGUACUUUCAUUGGACCAUAAAUACACAGCAUACCCUGAAGUGUUUUUUUUUUUUUUAAAACGAGCUUCCGGCUGCUAAUAGAGGUUACAGGGAGGUACUCCUGAGGCAGGGUCACAAUCAAGCAUUUUGAUCUGGCAAACCAUAAUUCCAUGUCUUUGCUCUUGCAAAGCUCCGUGGGCGUUUCUGCCCAUGUCCAUGCCUUUUAGUUGCACAGUAGAGGUAAUUACAACCAUUGGUUAGAGGGUUUUUUUGUUGUUGUUACUUUGUGAGUAGCUAUGAUUUGUUUUUCAGAAAAAGUCUCUAUAUAUCUCUUUUCACACUCCAGGUAAUCAGGUAGUUGUUACUUGAGGUCCAAAAUAGCGUUUUUGCUGUGUAAUCCACAGUACAGGCUAUGGCAGUUCCUUGCUGCUGCCCUAAAAAGGAAAGAGUAGAGGAGAUUUCAGUUUUCUUUCUCCCUCCCUUCUGUGAUAGGACCCAGCUGAUCUAUCUGAAGAUAGUUUAAACCAAUUCUUUGUUCACCCUCAUGAUAUUUUGGUGAACAGUGUGCUCGUUAGUUAGUACAGUGGCACUUUAUAGAAGCUUAGGUACAGAGAGUCGAGUGUUUCAGAUGUACUGCAGAGGGCUUGCUAAGGUGGCUUUCAGUCAGAGCCUUGCAUGGGGAGUGGCAUAUGGCUACACGACCUAAAUAGAAGCAGAAGGAGGUGUUUCUUGCAGAGGUGCCAGCUCCUCAGAGCUUGAGACGUUUGCUGAAAUACGCAGUUAAGGCUGCUAUGUGGCCGGCUGGGGUGAACCUACCCUGGAAGACGUGGCAAAGUGCUGUGUGCAUGUAGAAAGCCAGAGAGUAUGAUCCCAUUGUACUUGGGUGAGGCACAGAGAUGGGAAAAAGUCUGUCAGGGGCAGUCUGGCCCUACCAACUAGCUAAUCCAGAGCUGAUUAGUACAUGAAGGAGGAGGUUAUAUGACCAAUACGGUAAAUCACAGAGAUAAUAGUUUGAAAGACAUGCUGCAAGAGAAUCAAAAGAAAUUAUGGAAAGUAAUAAGCUCUUUAAACACCACUGUUUUUUUUAAGACCCCAGUGCUUGUGGGAGUGCUUCAGGAAAAGGAAGAGAGAAAGUAAAACACAGAAAGGGACAAUAAUAUUAGAUGAGAACAACAGGAGUCAAAUCAUGAACUGCAUUAGGGGACCUGGAAGAUUGCAGUCGUUUAGAUAAGGAAGGGACUAAGAUAAGUACAGAGUCAGUAAACUAAGAUAAGAGCAAGAGAGAGAAGGUAAUUGGAGGCAGUGCACUUUGUGGUCAAUGGGCCAAAUGUGUUAGGCUAACAGAGCUACACCAAGGAUGUGUUUGGCCCCAGUAGUAUAUCCCCAAGGACAGGAAUAUCAGAACUGACUUUGGAGUGAUUGUUGAUAAUUUAGUGAAACCAUCUGCACAGUGUUUGGUAGCUGUUAAGAGAGCAAGCGAUAUUGGAGUGCAGAGAGUGUUCUGGGCUAUAAAUGUAGUAACUUUAUUGUCCCACUAUAUUUAAAAAAAAAAUAAAAAUAAAAAUAAAAAUGCCUUACAGGAUAAUGGGUAUGAUUUUGAGUUGAUGUAAAUCAGCUUGAUUUCCUCCAAGCCAGCUAAAUAGCUCUAUGCUAAUAGAGUCUGGCCUGUUUUUAGUAAUAUGUAUGCCCAUCUAGUAUGGUAUAUACAUACAGGACACUUUUACUUGUUAGAGUAUUCAGAAAGAUACACAAAUGAUUGAGACCUGGGGCAUAACAUGAGACCAAUAAUAAAAGAUGAAAUUAAACAAAAA